GAUUGAAUUUGGAAUUUGGGGGUGGCUUCUCAACUCGCUGAAUCUCCCGUCCUGAGUAUCAAAUAAUUCUUUGUGUACCCGUAGUCCCCCCGAAUGGAGAAUCAAGCAGUAUAAUAAUGUUUCCGCCAAGUCAGACAGAGAAGAAUGAAAUCGCAAAGCAACUGCUUGGGAGUGAGCUGCCUCAUGGUUCAACAGAUACGAUGUUCAAGGCGUAUUUUGACUAUUAUGUCUCAGUUGUUUGCCCUGCAACACAUGGAGACGCGCUCGUGGGAAUCGAUAAUCCGGCACUCCAGAGCCAUGCGGACCUUCUGAGAUAUAUCAGGUCUCUCCACAGGAACCCGUCUUUAUCGCGAGAUGGCUUUCUAGGCGCAGCAUUACCCUCGGGAGAUAUUCUACCUAAAGAGAAGGAUUACGUAGCAACGGUAGCCACAAAGGUUGCCUUUAUGGUAGACUGUAGUUCUAAAGACUACUACUCUGAGGGCUUAAGAGAUCGACGGGAUGGUUUGCGCCCAGUCAAAUGGGAAGCAAACCAACCGCUUACAGAUUUCAUGGAGCAAAGCUUUCUCUCUGAUAUCACUCAGACAGCCGCGCAACAAAAGGAAAUUGACGAGAUGCUGAUGGGGAAAAAGGUCUUAAAAGCAUGGAAACUUAUAAGACGGUAUAGGAUCAAGAUCAAGCCUACGAAUAACUUGUUGGAACACCUCCUAUACGAUCCCAAGGAAAGAACUCUCCAGGUUUUCCACCACACAUCGUUCUUGAGGGCACACCUGAAGCGGUCGAAGAACGAACCUAUGGAGCUUGGCUUUUCCAAGAGCUUAGAACUAGGGACUUUACCACCCCAGCUCCUCUUCGAAACACUUGUCUCCUUUCAUUGUAUUCUCUUCCCAGUCGCAAGUGUCAGAAACGAACGGUCGCAUAUACUUUUAAAGAAGCUUAUUCGAACAGAAGGCUUUGAUCAUGACGGGUUGUGGGUUGAGUUUGUUCGGCCUAUAGCAUCUGACAUUACCUUCACUUACUGGGGGGCACGUCUAGUGAAUCUGUAUAAGCUGGCGAAGCGACCCCCACCGGCGAACGCGAUUGUCUCUUGGUUCGAGAGACAUACUUCUGAAAGAAAUGCAUUAACAGUAGCCAUCGCAGGUCUCUUCUUUGCUGCUGUAUUCGGCCUUCUCGCAACUAUCAUUGGUCUAGUUCAACUUGUUAUAUCAUGGUUGGCGUGGAGGUACCCUGUGUCUUCUGGCUCUUAGAAAUACUGGUACUAUUUUCAUCCAUUAUGAGAAUACUGGCUAACUUGACUUUGCUGGUCUAUGCCACAGCUCAGUGCUACGUCUAGCCAGUAGCGAUUACUUUCUCUAGCCUGCAACCGCUUAAACUUAGGAGAAAUUCUCACUAAGAAAGGGUUUAUAGACUUAUUCAGAGGCGGGACACAAGAUGUAUGAAGCCAACUCACUGCAUACGGUUGUAACUUUUCACCGGUGUGGUUAUAACAAGGGCAGGUGACUGGGCUUGGAAUUGAAGUCAUUCGGAUUACAAUGAUCAACUAGGGCUGUAUGAGUCCUUGACCAACCAACUCCUUCUCGGCUGUUGGUGGCUUGACUUGACUCUAUAUACAACUGGUCUGCCAGCCCAGACCGCCU